GAAAGACUGGAGGACAUCACGAUUUUCACAAAGCCCUCAGUGCAUCUCAUCUCCAAACCAACGGGUUCCCAUUGAGCAACACCUACACAUUCACAAUGCUCAGCCAAUUGUCCAGAGCCACGCGCGCCCGCUCGGUCGUCGCCGCCUUCUCUCGCCAGACCCGUGGCUUCAUUGCCCCCACGGUCUCCCGCAGAGCCGACUUCGUCCAGGAGCUCUACCUCAAGGAGCUUAAGGCCUACAAAAUGCCUGCCGUUAAGGCUUCCGACGCCGAAGGCCAGGUUCAAACCUUCACCCUCCCCCAGACCCCCAAGUCUCCCGAAGAGGCUGACCUCGCCAGCAACCUGAAGGAGUACGAGUCUAUGGCUGUUGAGAUCGAAGGCCAGGAUGCCAACGCCGCCCAAUCCGGAUCUGCUGCUCUCCCUGACUGGCUCGAGGCCGAGGAGGAAGAGUCCGCCAAGCACUAAAAUAUACCCCGAAACUCGCCCUUGCCUAGCAUGGGCUAAUAUAGAGGAGGGGUAUGAUUGUGAUUGGGUCCCAGUUGGGAAUACGAGGGGGAAGCGAAAGCAUAAGGUACGCUCUGGAAAAGCUGAUGGUUUCGAAACGGCAUCCAGCUCUCCAGCGAGGGCUAUUAUACGACAUCAUAACCGAAGGGUGGAAAGAGAUAUUUGAACGCCUCUGUGCUCCCACUUCAUAGCAGAGAUUGGGACAAAGCCCACGGCGUACUUCUCAGACCGGACCUCUGGACGUUGAUAGGAAAAGAAGCGGAAAGAGAAUUAUUAAAGGGUCUACUUUGUUGGCACUUGAGCCACAAAGCUGUAUUCUUUGUUGUACAUUUUUUCCUCCAAGACGCAACCUCGAAUUGGGUGUAGGAAUUAUUCGUUAGUUGUUUACUAUUUUCAUUUUCUUUGUCCGCAACUCUAUUGCGAAUACACAAUAUUCACACAUG